AUCCAUUCUAGUUCGGCGAGCUCGAACGCAUGCCACUGUGAGGAUAGCAACCCCCACAUCCGUUGCUGUGUGUGGGGUUGAGUCCCUGAAACGGUAGGCGGUCGUGUUCCGCAUUGCAAACCCUGGAAGCCUGCUGCCCGAGUCGUAAAAUUUCCGAGCAGCUUCAGGCCUCACUGACGUCUUGGUCGGUGGAAACAACCCCGGCCAUUCUCCGCUUUACAACUCACUGUCGGCAUCGCGUUUUCUGAAGCAGAAUCUCAUCGCCAUGGCCGGCAAGAAGAAAGCGAAGAAGCCCGCCGCCAACCCUGCGCGAGGCUUUGCGACCACCUCGAUCGCGUCGAAAACCCGAGUUGACCCCGCUGAAGAUCCGGGCGAUAAUACCCCGGCCGGCAAGGUCAAUGAUGCCACCCCGCCAACGAAGGAUGCCCCGCAACAAACGACCAACAACACCAAGACCGAACAGAAAGCGCCAGCAGAGCAGCUGAGCCCCGAAGAAUUCGAGAGGCAGCUUGAAGAGUCAGCAUUGCAGCUUCUGGUGGAAAAAUACGCACAGAAAGUUAGGAAGGACUCUCAACGGCAAAAGACACGCCUCGAAACGGACCGACGACUGCUCCGAAACGCCGCCGAAACCCUCAACAUCAAAAAAUGGCUUCCACAAGAGUUAAUGGACCAUAUUCUGGGUCUGAUACAGGCGGAGGGUCGAUUUGCAGCUUCCAGUGUCUCGUCCGAGGGCGCAGCUAGUAGACUACCUCCAGAAGAAGACCUGAUCAUUCGGCUGUGGACCCUACAAGAGACGCUGGAGAACUCGGGGUUUCCAGAGGACAGGAUACAGCCGGCACUACAGUUUGUUUUGGAUAUCGCGCCUAACAUCCCAUACAAUUCCAGAAGCGAGUUGAUUUGGGGACUGGAAGAGGUGCUGGACUGGUUCGCGAGGGAAUGCUCCAAGGAAGACCUCCCGGAUUACUCGGGGCGCAGGACAGGGUCCAAGUCGCAAACAGAUACGCCAACGGAUACGCCCUCUAGGUCAGGGACACCCUUCGAGAUCGAUCCCCGCCUUGGAACCAAGUUGAAGGGCGGCGCACUCACGUCACGUCCAGCCUCCCCGAAACGGCCCGCCGUCACCUAUGAUGAAGAGAUCGAACCCGACCAGCUGCUUCCAUUUUAUCUUGAUACCAAGACGAAGCUAUUUGCGAUCCAACGCCCUCGCCAGGACACAAACAAGCGUAAGGGAGCAAAGGGGAAACCAGAUAGCUCUGACGACCCGGAAGAAGCACUGUUGCUCGCGAAGGUUGCUCGCGUCGAGAGGGACGUUUUGUUCGACAAGUACGUGGCUGAACAGCAAUGGAGGAACAAGAGGAUAGCCCUGGAGAAGGAGUACGCCGCGGCAAGGGCAGAGGAGAAAAGGAAGGAGACCCCGACGGAGACCCAGGAGGAGACUGAGGUGCCAGACGACUCGAACGAUGUCAACGCGGAAGCUGAGCGCAUCGCGGCUGAAAUCCUCGCCGAGGAUGACGAUGAUGACGCGCUGGCCGACUUGUUUGCGACGCUGCCGGUCAGCGAGGUUGAUCCUGUGACGGGGAAGACGAACACGGUUGUGAAUGGGGCGGAUGGGUCAAAGCUCAUCAUCCGGGACUUUGGAAAAUGGACCGGAGUGACCCCUAUGCGGGCCUUGGAAGAGGCCUGCCGAUCGAGGGAUUCGUCCGUACGGAUAUCGUACCAUCUCCUUUCCGAUGUUGCUUUUGCGAAUCGACACGCCGUCAAUAUCGUCUGGUCGAAACCACAAGAGGUCCCACCUGCUCCCGAUAUUCCCGAGAUUGAAGUGUUCACAUCACCCACUCAAUUUGUCUACAAGAUGCAGUCCAUUGCUGCACCCGACGCAAAGCAGUCCGAAGCCUUCAUCGCGACCACCGCACUGUUUUGCGUCUUCGGGUCCUCGCCUAAGGAAGAGAAAGUGGCGCUCAGGCUACCUGCCACCUGGAAGGAUUUGUGGUCCGAGUACUCGGGUGCUAAGAAGGACAAGCUUGACGCAGCAGACCGCGACAUCCUCAGGCAUAUCCGGGAUCUCGUACGCAAGAGGGUGGAGCAAGAACUGGAGGAUGGCGUACUCAUCCAGGGGUUCAAGGGUCGCGGACAGUCGAAGAACCAACCAGACUCGGAUCAGUCUGACCAUGAACGAGCAAAGCGGCAGCCUUACGGACCCGAAUACUACCAAAACAUUUGGCUGCAAAAGAGUAGCUCACCAAGGUAUCAGCAUAUGCUGGCAUCACGCACACAGCUGCCCAUGUGGCAGUUCCGGCAACAGGUGGUCGACAUUGUCGACAGAAAUCAGGUGGUUAUUAUCUGCGGCGAGACUGGGUGCGGCAAGAGUACACAGGUACCUUCGUUCUUACUAGAGCACCAGUUGCUUCAAGGCAAACCUUGCAAGAUCUACUGCACAGAGCCGCGGCGUAUCUCGGCCAUCUCCCUGGCACGACGUGUAAGCGAGGAGCUCGGCGAGACCAAGUCUGAGCUUGGUACGAACCAGUCGCUCGUCGGCUAUUCCAUCCGGCUCGAAUCCAACACGGCGAGGGAGACCCGCCUUGUUUACGCCACGACCGGUAUUGUCAUGCGCAUGUUGGAGGGAUCCAACGAUUUGGCAGACAUCACUCAUCUGGUGCUUGACGAAGUCCACGAACGCUCUAUCGACAGCGACUUCCUGCUCAUUGUGCUGAAGAAGUUGUUGUUGCGGAGGAAAGACCUCAAGGUCGUGCUGAUGUCAGCCACGGUCGACGCCGAGCGCUUCUCCAACUACCUGGAUCGCGCGCCUGUCUUGACGGUUCCGGGGCGGACCUUCCCCGUCCGGGUUGCAUAUCUUGAGGACGCAAUCGAGUUGACGGGAUAUACUGUCGACCAACGGAGCCAGGAGAAGCUCACAGAGCUCGAUGACGAUGUGGAACCAGAGGUCGAUACGUCGUCGAAGCCCGAGUUGCUCAAGGGGCUGAAGGGGUAUUCAGCCCGCACCCGAAACACGCUCGCUCAGAUGGACGAGUACCGGAUGGAAUACGACUUGAUCGUACAACUGAUCUCGAGGAUUGCUGUUGACCCAGACUAUGCCUCGUUCAGCAAAGCCAUUCUGGUCUUCCUCCCCGGUAUUGCUGAAAUUCGCACGCUCAACGACAUGCUCCUCGGGGAUCGGACUUUUGCCGACAACUGGCUUGUGUAUCCGAUGCACUCGUCGAUUGCCAGCGAGGAGCAAGAGGCAGCCUUCCUUGUGCCGCCGCCAGGGAUGCGCAAGAUUGUGCUGGCUACCAACAUUGCCGAGACGGGUAUCACUAUUCCCGACGUGACAUGCGUCAUCGACGCGGGCAAGCACCGAGAGAUGCGCUUCGAUGAGCGGCGGCAGCUGUCACGGCUCAUUGACUCGUUCAUCUCCCGCGCCAACGCGAAGCAGCGCCGUGGCCGUGCUGGCCGUGUGCAAGAGGGUCUUUGCUUCCAUCUCUUCACCAAGUAUCGACACGAUACCUCAAUGAACGACCAGCAGACACCCGAGAUGCUGCGUCUGUCACUCCAAGAUCUGGCUAUUCGUGUCAAGAUCUGUAAGAUCGGAGGUAUCGAGGAGACGUUGAGCCAGGCACUGGACCCGCCGUCGGCGAAGAAUAUUCGUCGGGCUAUCGAUGCUCUUGUCGAUGUUCGUGCGUUGACGUCCACGACCGAGGAGCUAACGCCACUUGGUCUCCAGCUUGCACGCCUGCCCCUAGACGUAUUCCUCGGAAAGCUCAUCCUUAUGGGUGCCGUCUUUAAGUGCCUCGACAUGGCCAUCACUGUGGCCGCCAUCCUCUCGUCCAAAUCCCCAUUUGUUGCGCCCUUUGGUCAGCGGAGCCAAGCCGACACCAUUCGCAGGGGUUUCCGUAAGGGCGACUCAGACCUACUGACAGUUUACAACGCAUACACGGCCUGGAAGCGCGUUUGCCAGUCCACAACGUCCGGUGGGGCAGAGUUUCAGUUCUGCCGCAAAAACUUCCUUGCGCCCCAAACUCUCGCCAAUAUCGAAGACCUUAAGGGUCAACUCCUCGUUGCGGUCGCCGACUCGGGCUUCCUACAACUCACCGAAGCCGAGCGGCAGGCGCUCAGGAAGCUACGGUUCAGUGGCCGGCGGCGCCACCAGGCCUUCUUCGACGUCCCGAAGCGUGUCAACAGCAACAGCGACAACGAGAUCGUCGCGCAGUCCGUCAUCGCCUGGAGCUUCUACCCCAAACUUCUCGUCCGUGACCCCGGCAGCAAGGGCCUGCGCAACGUCGGCAACAACCAGUCCAUCAGCCUGCACCCGAGCAGCGUCAACAAGGGCUUCAACGACCUGCGCUGGCUCAGCUACUACCACAUCAUGCAGUCCAAGGCGUAAGCACCCCCUUACCUCUUCUAACAACAACCCCUCCUCCCGCUGAGUUCUCCAACUAACCAACACUGCCCCCACCCAGAUUCUACAAC